AUGAGACGGCAGAGUGGGGGCGCGACUACGAGGGGAUGACGCGGCAGAAGGUUGUCCAUCGAAUCCUCCUACUCCUCCCGGCGAAAUCCCUCCUACGCUUCCGCUGCGUCUCCCGCCGGUGGAACGGCAUCAUCUCCAGCAACUCCUUCGUGCACGCCCAUGCCGCCGCUCCCCGCCUUGUUUCCGGCCUAUUAUACCAGAGCAGCCAAGGCACGGUGGUGUACGCCGCGUUCUGCCACGCCACUGCCUCCCUCCCCGACCCUUCCCUCUCUUUCAUCCCUGAGCCGGUCGCCGUCAAGGCCUCCGCUCGGGGCCUCCUCUGCUGCCGCGGCCGCUUCUCGUUGAUGUACUACGUCUGCAACCCCACCACCGCCGUGUGGGUCAGUCUCCCGCGGCCGAGGAAUCUGCACAACUACGACACAGAGGUGGUGUUGAUGAUCGACGAUCCGCCCCGGUCCAACCGCGUCUCCGAAUUCCGUGUCGUGUGCGCAUUUCCUCAAGUCGAUAGACUACAUCAUGUCUGCGGCUUGGAAACGUUCUCAACCGACGAGUGGCGGUGGGCUACGUCGAAGUGGACUCCGUGCCUGGGACGGCUGUUGCCCGGGUCUGGCGUGGUGGUCGGCGGGCGAGCGUGCUGGCGGACGACCAUGAACACAGUGCUCAUGUACGACCCCAGGAAUGAGGAGCGGUGGGGGUUCAAGAGGCCGGAAAGAGACCUCGACGGCGUCACGUGGUGGGAGAUCGGCGUGAUAGAGGGGCAGCUCAGCGUAGCGUACGCGAAGGUGGCAUCGACGCCCGAGUCAUCGACGAUGGUGGAGGUGAUGGUGGCCGACAGCGACUCGUGGUCCUUACGGGGGGCGUUCGGCUUCGGGCCAGGGUCGAGAGAGAACAACCUGAAGCCCCUGAGGAUGGAAGGGGACGAGGAGUUGCUGCUGUGGGAUGGGCAGAGGCACAUCCUGGGCCGCGACAUGGCCGGCCGGGCGACAAGGCUCCUCGUGGUCGACGCGCCGGCCACCUUCAGCGUCGAGUUCGUGCCUUACACAGCCACUCUACUGCAUGUGAGGAGGUAACGAGCUCUUGAUCUAUGUGACCUCACGUCUUUGAUCCACAAGUGUUCGACGUAAAGUUUUGCGUGCUUUCGUGGGCUGUCCAUGGUGGGGGCUUUGAGUUCUAGUCUUGCUAUUUGGUGUUGCCGAUGCAGAAUCUUAAUGAUAUGUGUGAGGAGUUACA